AUGAAGAUUGUUUGUGCACUACUUCUCGCGUUCAUGGCUUUGGCCACUGGCCAAAAAGUGACAAACAAGGUGUUCUUUGAUGUCGAAGUUGAAGGUGGUGAAUCUGGGCGCAUCACGAUGGGUUUGUUUGGUGAAGAGGUGCCGAAAACGGUCGAGAAUUUCAGGGCACUUUGCACAGGAGAGAAAGGAGUCGGGGCGUCCGGAAAGCCUUUGCACUACAAGGGCUCGAUCUUCCACCGCGUGAUUCCGUCGUUCAUGGUGCGCAUUGAGAUCAGUUGUCUCUGA